GUACAGAUUUCAAUCGCUCGUUCUCAUAGCAACAGUCCUUCAUUGUCCCAUUACUUUCCAGAACUCAUUUCACCAAAUAAACCCCUACAAAUCGCAACUAUGCUCUUCCUCAAAGGAAUCAUCCUCUCUCUCCUCUCAGCCUCCGUCCACGGCUUCCAAGUCUACCAGAAUGUCGAGUACGACUUCGGCAUGAUGCUCGCACGAGGUGAAGCCAUGCUCGAAAAGCGUCAAGGGUACUACCCAACAACGCGUCUCUGCGGCAAAGGCAAAACCUGUCCAGAAGCAUGCGGAGCAGGUACUGAAGAGUGCCCGGCUGCGAGCAGUGGAUUAUAUUGCUACGAGCCUAGCCGGAGUCGGUGCUGCAGCGACGGGUCUGGGAACUCGUGCCGAAUCGGAUACUACUGCACCACGGACGGCAAAACCACACCCCGAACCUACUGCUGCCCAGAUAACUCCAACCUCGCCGACUGCGCGGCAGCCUACUCGCUGACCAUCUCGCUGAUCCGCGCAUCGAGCACCUUUGUGCAAUCUUCUUCGACGGUUAGGUCUUCGGUCGUGACUACGAGGUCCAGCACGGUCAUCUCGUCAGAGAGCAGUGUGGUGGUUCCUACCGGCACUGUAUCGAUCCCGACGAUUGUUGUCCCCUCGUUUUCUUCUGCUAGUCUUCCUACGGGACGCACCACGGGCGUUGUGCCGACGAAUGGGUCGGUGACUACGAGUGCGCCGGUGCAGUUUACGGCUGCUGCUGCUGCCAAGGUCACGGGGAUGGGUGUGGGUGUUCUCGCGGGAGUUGUUGGGGUUGCUGGGUUUUUGUAG